AUGCCACCACUCACCCUGACCCCCCUCAACUCCCUCCGCCUCUCAACCCACUUCAUCCCCACCCACUCCCUCCUCCCCAACACAACCCCUCACUCGCACCCCCUCUACAUCUACCAUGCGGCCUUCUCGCCCACUACUUCCCCCUCCACCCUCGAAUCCCACCUGGCCCAGCACGGCCUAACCCCACAAUGGCGCUACACAAUCUACCACGCACGAGAUCCUGUGCGUCUUCUCAGGCCGCGCGCGGCUGCUCUUCGGCGGGCGACUCGAACCCGGGCAGAGUGGAAGCGGAGGUGGGCGCGGGGGAUGCGAUCGUUGUGCCAGCGGGCGUGGGACAUCGGUUGGUGGAGGAUUUGGGUGUGGGUGGGGGGGUUUGAGAUGGUUGGGGCGUAUCCGGAGGGGUGUUAUUGGGAUAUGUGCUAUGGGAAAGAGGGGGAGGAGGAGAAGGCGAGGAGGGUGGGGGGUGUGGAGUGGUUGAAGGUUGAUCCGUUGUAUGGGGAGGAUGGGCCGGUGGUGUGGGGGAGGGAAAGGUUGGAGGAGUUUGUCGGGAGGGAGCUGUGA